GCCGCAGCAACAAAAAAAGAAUUCGCGCAAGCCCUUCGUCACGCAAGCUCAUCGAGGCUGAGGGCCUACAUUCUACGCUUCCUUGGACUCCUGCCGUCAGUCCAGAGUGUAAGAUUCACGAUGAGCAACGCUGGUGCAUCAAGUGAGAAGCCUCUCCUGACCUUUGGCGUCUUGACUGACGUCCAGUAUGCAGACUGCGAUGACAAGCCAGCAGGCUAUGAUCCGUCACUUAUACGCUACUACAGGAAUGCCCUGAACCAGGUGGAGCGCGCGUAUGCCCACUGGAGCCGCGUGCCGGGCUUGAGCCUGGUGCUUCAGCUGGGGGACCUGAUAGACUACCACAAUGCGGGCUGCGGGCGUGGCUUGGACCGUGUCCUGGCCACCCUGGCCAACGACGGGUCGCUACCCACCUACCACACGCUGGGCAACCACGAGCUCUACAACUGCACCCGGCGCGACCUGGUGCGACGCUACGUUUGCCCACGCCUGCUGCCCAACUGGACGCCUCCGGCCACGGACGACCCGGUCUUUUACUACAGCUUCAGCCCCGUGCCAGGUGUGAAGCUGAUUUCCCUGGACUGCUUUGAGGAGAGUGUACUGGGCCGUGAUCCGUCGGAGCCGCGAUGGCAGCAGGCAGCGGAGCUGCUGAGCAGGGUUCAUGGCACGUCGGACCCGCAGGCGUGGGAGUGGCCGGAUGCACUGGUGGGACUGGACAAGAGGUUCGUCGACUCCAACGGAGCACUGAGCGAGGCACAAUUGCAAUGGCUCACUGCGGAGUUGACGGAGUCGGACGCUGCAGGCGACGUGGUCAUUGUCUUUGGCCAUCUGGCCAUCUCGCCCGCAAGUGCCAAUGCCGACUGCCUCCUCUGGAACUACAGGGAUGUGAUGGACCUGUUUGAGGCGCACCCGUGUGUAGCUCUCUACCUGUGCGGGCACACCCACCGCUGCGGCUACGCCACGGAUGCCCACGGCACCCACUACAUGGCGCUGGCGGGGAUCAUAGAGACCGAACCCGAAAGUGUAGCUUUCUCAACGGUCUCCGUCUUUUCCGACCGGAUAGAAGUCGUUGGCUCCGGUCGUGAAGAAAGCCGAACCCUCGCAAUCCGUUCCCCCCAACCUGCGGCUGAGGUCAAUGCAGACGAAGAACUUCUGGCUGCGCCUGCUGUUGCGUCUCCACUCGCUGUUCGUGUCGCAGUGUGAAGUCUGUGUGCCUCUCUGCAGAGCUGCUGGCUUGCGCACUUGUAUAUUGGAUCGGCUUGGCUUGCUGCGAGGGGACUCGCAAGAAAUCAUAUGGUUGAGGAAGAGUGAGGCAGGGCUUUCAUUAACUAGCAACCAUGCUCUUUGUGCAAGACUUUCACCUGUAGUGUUUAAGGGAGCUGGUGCUAGCUUCACCUUCCUCUUCCUAGUACAAAAAUUUUCUUGUGUCUUGGCUGCACAGUUUUUGUGCAUGUUUCAUUUUUCUAAUAGCCAAGUAACCAAGCAUACUUAUCCCCCUUACAGCCAGUACUGUAUCUUGCUGGAAGGAUAAGUGCUAUUUCCUUAUGUGCAUUUUAGCCAAUUCGGUUCAUUAUCGUUUAUCACCUUCUGCCCAUUUUUCUUAUUUUUUAGUUUUCCUCCCAAGAAAACAUACCCUGAGCAUCCGUGUAAUCGUAAGGUUCUAAAUGAUGCAAGGCAGGGGCAAUAUUCUCUCUGUGUUUAUGCUUAUAACUAGUUAGGAGCAUUCUGUAGAGAGUUCACACAUAAACUUGCUGUGCACGUUCACAUUCAUUAUUGAUUGAAUGAUAUAUGUUGCACAUCCCUAUGCCGCUACUUGCAAGCCUGUAUGUUUUCAAGAAAUCAAAAUCAACACUGUCGUUGAUGGGUCACUUCAGUACUACAAUCGAUCGAUUCAACAUUCCUUGACUUCUCUCAGCCCACUGUUUAAAUUGUCGUAGUAUUACCAUCACAGUUCUGGGAUGUUUAGCAUAAAAGAUGUUCAUUGUAAAGACCUUAGAACUGGGGAUGUAUGACAUAUAUUUGUGAGAAAUAUUUCUUGCCCUUAAGUACAUUCUGGUAUGUUUUCUUCUUACUUGUUUGUUUAACCCGGUUGUGUUAGCUCGAAAUUGCUUCUGUAGUACUAAUCGUGGACUAUCUUGCCAUAUUUUUUAAAUAACUUCAUCAUAAUAGCACAGUUCCUCAUUUUAGUUUUUCAGUAUAGACUAUAUUAGAUUUUUCACGGGUGCUAACUUGCUCCUAAUUAGCUGUGCAUGGCAUCUUUUGACAUCACCUUCAAAGAACAGGAAUUUACGAGCGUGUCUGACUCGUUUGUGCAUGAAUGUUUGAAAUAUGUGCCAAUAAGUUCGAAAGUUCCUGGAGUGCACUGACAUUUGCCAAAACAACACGUGCACAUAGCGCAACCAAAUAUAUUUAUGCAUGGUGUGCGGCGUUUUUCUAUGUACAUGUUGUGAGGUACCUUCUGUUUUUUGUGUGUUGGAAGUUUUUGUACGCACUGCCCAUGUUUUACCUGGGCGUGUGAUGGUUUUGGGAAACAGCAGAGCCUCAUUGAAGGGUUACCUUGCAGGAAGAGAAAACGGAUUAGUAUGGUGGGCCUUUAUACCUAUCGCAUGAUGUGCGAGGGCAGGCAGCAACUUGUAUUUGGUAUGUUUGGUAGAGGUAUUGCUUUACAUUGUCUCUGUUUUUGGAGGCAAGGGAGCAAAUGUGUGUUUUAUACAGGCACUAUUGCCAUUUUUUCGCAAGCACUAAUGCCACUUCCUUACUCGGUUAUUUGUGUGUUUAUAGGGAAGGUUUGUGUUAGUCAUUUACUUGGUAUCUUGGCAUCAAAACGUUGCACACAAACAUGCGCUGUGUAAUUAUAGGAUAGGAUGUUCACUUUACACAAGCUGCCUUGCAUUAAUGCAUGGCAGUGCGUGGCCUUCUUAUUUAUUGCAUUGUUAAGCUUCAUCUUUAAAUGUGUUUCUUUCAAUGUCAAUUUCUCUUGAAUUUUUUUUUGUCCUGUGUAAUAUGAGGAGCACGAAUCUCGGCACCAACAGUUUAGCAGUGUUUCUUCUGGCUUUAAUUUAAUAAAGUUCAUACAAAUGCUG